GAGAUAAGCCGCUUGAAAUACGAUACGAUUUCGGAAUAAGCGACGUUUAAAGAAACACACAUUUUGCAAUGGGCCGCAGAUCUUUGCGAGCGGUUAGCAAUGAAACUUGAAUUGAUCGCGUUGGUCGUUGGUCUUCACCUUGUGGUUUCCCAGACCACGGAACAAGAGCUCACGUCGAAAUGGCCGACGAUUUCCACGUGCAUCUGCAACACAACUGUGAAGGCGGAUCAAGUCUACCAGUGGAUCAAUAAGAAGACCUUGUUCAACAAUGCAGAGUUUAAGUGUUACCUGAGAUGCGAGGCGCAACGCACAGAAGUCAUGAGCAGCACCACUGGCGUCGUUAGCGUCACGGGUUUGGUGAAGGCCUAUCCGGCAACAACGCAGGCAAAAGCUCAGGCGUGCAUUAAUCUAUCCGCGAGUGUGACGAAUCGUUGCCAGAAGAUGUACGAUAUCUUGACUUGCAUUCUCGUAUACCCUGCAUGUGACGAUAUUUUCUGGUAAAGUGUCGAUAGAUUACGAACCUACAUGUUGUUUCUGCAAAGGGCACGAAUUAUUGGUCAAAAUCUUUGUUUAAUAGCUCUAUGAAUAAAAUUGUUAAUAAAUUCUGUUCAGUACCACC